AAUUUUGGUAAAAAACUGAAUUUUGCGCAGUAAUUUGAACUUACAGAAAUAAAUAUAUUUUUUUAAAUAGUAAAGAUAAUUUAAAAUGAAAUUAAAGGUUAACAUAUAUUUCAUAAUGGUCAUAAUAUAAAUGGUAACUGGUGCUAUAAGUUUCUUUGGACCGCAGUGUUUACUACGCUGUUUUAAUCGAUGAUGUAAGAUCAUCGAAGGUUAAGGUGUUCCAACCCCGAAGUAUUCUUUAUUUUUUGAAACAUGGAUAGUGAUACUCUAAUUUCUGGAAACAAUGUCAAAGAAGAAAAUGGAAGCAGUUCUAAUUCAACACCAGGAGAGCAUAAGUCUUUCACUGAAUUUGCGAGGGAUAAACUCGAUAGUGCUGGAAGAGAAUUACGACGUCGUCUCCCCAUAGCAGGCCAAAUCGGAGCACAACUGAUAUAUCCUCGGCGCUUGCUGCUGCAGUCAACUCCGACACACCAGGCUGAUGUGGUGCUUAUAUUUCCUAAAGGUAUACCAGAUGGGAUGCUUUUGUGGUUGCUUCAGAAGCUACGAGGUAGUCGGCCCAGGUUGAAGGUGUGCGUGCGACAUCACGCCUCGUCCCACUGCUCUGCGUUCUAUAUUACAGCUAGCGACGAUGUUCUUUUACAAACCGCCGAAGAAAUGCACUUGCCGAAGCUUCUGAAACCAGAAUUUGGCGGAGGAUACAAAGAGUUCACUGUGAGAGAUAUGCACUGCUUUCAAAAGAGUACGUCAGGAGGCGAACUGUUGAACAGUCAAGAGAGAAGUGCCCUAGUGAAGUACGUCCUGGAAGCAGCACGUGCCGAGCCGGGAGACGAACACGCCCUGGAGCCAGCGAUGACCCUGCGGCCCGGACAGAGCAUCGUACCGGCGUGCGUGAGUCGCGGUGUCAUCUCGAGCAUGUUUCCCUUGCACGACCACGCCGCUUUGGACUCGCUAAGAAAAAAAUGGGUCAAGACGUUCUUCUCGCCACAGCCUCUCGAUGAGAUCUGUGAAUAUUUCGGUGUCAAGAUAGCAAUGUACUUCGCAUGGCUCGGUCAUUAUACACAGUCGCUCACAGUUCCAGCAUUUGUUGGAGUCGUUUUCUGGAUAUGGAUAGGAACAGCCAGUGAUUACUGGAAGGACAUAGCGCAGGUCCUGUUCUCGCUAUUCAACGUGCUGUGGGCUUGUGUCUAUCUGGAGACCUGGAAGAGAUAUUCAAAUGUGUUGGCGUACAGAUGGGGCACCCUUGAUCAACGAGACGAGUUGCUUGUAGAACCGAGGCCGCUAUUUCAAGGUGAGAUGAGUGUGAGCCCGGUGACGGGGCGGCCCGAGCCGCACUACCCCGCGUGGCGCCGUCGUGUGUGGAGACACACCGUCUCCUUGCCCGUCAUGAGUCUGUGUCUGGCCGUCGCAGCCGGCGCCACCUUCGCGAUACUGCGCGCACAGGAUUGGUGGGAGAAUACAAUAGGUUACUUUAACUGGAUACCCCGAGCCCUUUUAGCAAUAAUCAUUGCCAUCGAGGAGGAGGCUUAUGUACGGAUUGCCAAAUGGCUAAACGAUAAAGAGAACUAUCGGCUCGAAACAAAGUAUGAGAACCAUCUGAUUGUGAAAAUAGCCUUGUUUCAAUUCGUAAACUCCUUCAUGAGUUUGUUCUACAUGGCGUUUUAUCUUCAGGAUAUGGAUAAAUUAAAAGAGCAACUGGCCGUCCUGUUAAUAACACGACAGAUAAUUGGAAACCUGAAAGAAUCAGCGUUACCGUAUCUCAUUGAGAAUCUGAGACUAGCGAAAAUAUGUUCUGAGGUGUUUGGUGCUUUGAGCCCUUCUAAAGUGCAAACAUCAGAGCAAUUGGCCGAACUGUUUGAAAAAGAAAAGACUUCUGAGCCACCGGAGAUGUUGAUCAACGGGGAGGAGAAGAGAAGAGAUUCGGAGCCGGCGGUGGGACAGAAAGUGAUACAUCAGGCCGAGUUGGAGUCGCAGCUGUUUAAAUACUCGGGCACGUUCGGCGAGUACCUGGAGAUGCUGACCCAGCUCGGUCACGUGGUGUUGUUCUCGGCGUCGUUCCCGCUGGCGGCCGCGUGCGCCGCGCUCAACAACGCGGCCGAGAUCCGCGCGGACGCCUUCAAGCUGUGCCACGUCAUGCAGCGGCCCUUCGCGCACCGCGUGGCGACCAUCGGCACGUGGCAGCACGCCAUGGAAGCGAUGGUGGCGCUCUCUGUGCUAGUCAACUGUGCUCUGAUUGGCCUGUCCGGCCCCGUGCACAGACUGUUACCGGACGCGACGUCGGCACAAACUGUGCUCUUUAUUGCUGCACUCGAGCACGUGGUGCUCAUAAGUGUCGUGGCUCUCCGCAUGGCUAUCCCGGAGAUCCCGGCGUGGCUGGCCACCGAGAUGGCGAAGGUGGAGUUUCAGAGGCGGGAAGCUAUCAACGCUGCGCACGCGCCGAUAUUGUCAGAAUGCACAAGCGGCGAGGACAUUCGAUCCCGUGACGUCACACCGCCGACGCCCCGCUGUGACGUCAUCGUGACGCCCGACCGUAAGAAAAUCAACAUCGGAAAGAUACCAGAGAUACCGCCGUUUAGGGCGAAGGCGGCAUCUAUAACGGACCAGGCAGUUAGUAUGGGAUCGUUGCAGUUACUACAAGAUGUCAGUCCUACUAAGCCUAUAUUACGCAAGGAGGCUAACCCUGGCGCACCCCUGUCACUACUGGGGGUUAGGGGGUUGCGGGACGAACCCCUGCACAGAUCAGCGCAGUGCAUCCCUCAUCCCACACAGCACCGACCCCUUAUCAACCCGACUCUACAGGAGUUAUCAGGCAGCGUGAGCGCGGGGGGUUCGGAGCCCGAUCUGAACGCGGUGCCGUCAGUUAUGUCAAUCGACACCAGUGCCACGUCCAGCGAAGACGACAGGCCCAAGGAGAAGGAUAAAAGUAGUCGGUCCCGCGCCCGUGCGGCGCUCGUGAAGCGCGUGCGGUCCGUGGCCGUGUUCUCGCUGGGGCUGCGGCGCGCGCGCGAGGCGGCCGCCUGCGACAGACACUCGCCGCCCGCGCCCUGUGCACCUCCCGCUCCAAUGCUUGGGGGUGAGCUAUCCCUAAUACCCAUCGAGCAGUUGAUCCAAGUCGAGGAUGUUAAACCUAGGCCAUAAGAUGUUUAUAUAAUUUUAUGACAGACCGAUUAUUUGUAUAAUUAUUAUUAAUAAUAAUAUGUUGAUCGACACAAACUAUAAACUUGUGUAGAUGGAGUGUUGUGUGCUAUGCGACAUAUUUAUAAUGGUAUAGCAUAAAGAACGUAACUUGGUUUAAAAUAGUUGAUUGUUUGCUUGUCAAUUAUAGACUCCAUACUGUGAAAAUGGGGCUAUAUUUUAGCACCUGUUUUAAGACUAACAACACUUCUCGCCGCGUUUAUGUUUGCCGUUUUUGUUGUCGUGGUAUCUGUGUACAGUAAUGUUUGUCAGAACAUAAAUAGAGUAUUCUAGCCUUCCGUUUUAAAAUACAAACUGACCUGUUCUGGUUUAUUUGUUAAUAAGCAAAAGCAUGUCCUAUAUGGGUUAAAUACACUUAGUGAUGAAACUAUAAACGUCCAAUUCUUAGUUCGAGAUCUUGAGACGCAUAGAACAACACUCCUUCUAGUAUUAAAUAGCUCUAUGGAGUUUUGUUGUCAAUUUAUACUAAAAAAGCGUAGGAUAGAGACAUCGAAGUUGAUAUUAAUAUAGCAUUAGCACAGAGAGAUCCAUAGAGUAGGACGAUAAACAAUUAUAAUAUAAUAAACUACUUGAAGUAUUGGGACAAUCAAAUUCCACAAGUCAUGUCAUAUCAUAUCUCAUUAAAAGUGUACAAAAACAUAGGUAUGUUUUGAUUCGAAAAAGGAAAAGCAAAGAUUACAUCACUCUUCAAAUGAAGUUUAACAGUAGUUUGAAAUAUUUUUUCUAUUUUUUCAUAUUUAUCAUUAUCGCGAGCAAAUAAUAAUUCAUUAUAUUUACCUCCAACAUCCGAAAUUAUAAACUUUGCUACAGAAUACGUGUAUAGACAAACUCCAGGCAUCUUUGUGAUAUUAGUCUACUCUAUGGAUUUUGUAACCUUUAGUGAUUAGUUAUAGUUAUAUUUUGUAUUGUUAUUGUUGUUUAUAAGUGCUUUAUGUAUGUUAAUGUAAUAUUAAAUAGAGCAUUUAAUUGUACGUGCGAACUUAGUCAUCGAUACGGUAAAGUCAAGUUAAAUCGGCGCUAUCGUUAUGUAAAUUAUUUUAAAAUGGUUGACAACAUUGUUUGUAUUACAAUUUCAAGUACAUAUUAUAUUAUAAGUUGCAUAUUAUAAUGAUAUAAGUACAUACAAUAAAUAGAUACAGGUGUAUUCUUCUUAUUUGUUAUGCGUUUAUUUUUAACAUUGAAAUCUAAAUACUUAGAGGUAUAGUUUUGCAAAAUUUCCUCAAUAUUGGAAGCGUUGCACAUUUUUCUUUCCUUCUUAUUAAGAUUUCUAUGAUUUGAAAGUACAAAUUUGUAUCGAGAGUCGAUUGUUGUCAAUAUGUAUGUAAUGUAGUUGUAUAGAGAAUGUUGAGUUUUUUUUAGUAUUUUUUGACAUUUUGAUGGUUUUAUUCAUGUUGAAUUUGUUACAUUUCCCAAUAGACAUAUAGAAUGGUCUGAAUGGUAAGGAGAACAAUUGGGAGCUGUUGCAAGUGAUCAGAUAUUAGCGAUUAGUAACAGUUCCAAAAAUACGUUGUUGACAGAGUGAAGUAGGCUGAGUAGGAAAACUUAGAAAAAAAGUACUCUAUACUUAUAUAAUAUAAUAUGUAAAGAUUUUUAAUUUGGCGCCAUUUUAAUUUAACGCCUUUUAACGGACACUUAUGGAUGCAUAUUACUGAUUCUUCUACUCUACUCUCCAUCCUGUAAAUUAUAAUCUACAUAAUCACGGGAAAACUCUAAGAGAUAUAUCCAUCCUUCGUCCAGUGAAUAUGCGAAUCUCGUUAGGUUCUAGAAUUCGGACUGACCAGAUCAUAAGGCGUCUGUUUAUAUAUUCUACAGGCCAACAAAGAUAACGUUUGGUUUGUCUCUUUCAGUGGUUAAUUUAGUGCGGGUAGUGCUUCAGGCUAUUAUAGUUGCUCUAGUAAGAAAUAACAUGAUUGACUCCAUUCAUUUUGCUACGAAAUAGGUAGGCAUUUUUAGCAGCUUUGAUUCCAGUUUUGACAAACAUGUUUUCCAAAGUCUACAAAUGGUGUUUAUUUUUGAAAAUAAAGGAAUGUGUCCUUGGAGUUAAUCAUAUCUUUCGUAUUUAGAAUGCUGUCCUUCCAAAUUACGUUAAAUAUAUCUUAUUAACUAUGUAUAUAAUCUACAUUGUAUGUAAGUGAAAGAAAUCUUUGAUUGAUCUCUAUGAUAUAGGUAAUGUUAUUGCUCUCUUAGUCGAAAAUCUAAUGGGAAAUGGGAUUCAAACAUAUUGAAAUACAACGCAAAUACUUUGUAACAGUUUUCUUUUAUACUGCUCGUGUUAUUAUUAUUUAUUCCGUGACAUAUACCCAUCAGGUAGUCGCUGGAGACAUUGGAGUAUCAGCUUAUUUUUGAGGUUCUGAAUGUUUUUGGACAACCACGGCGUUACCUGGGUUUCACGCCGACCGGACCGAGGGAUGUAAUGUUAUGGACACUCGAGGACUUGUUGUCAGAAUAAGCCUAGUCAGAGAUGCUAUUUCUGUGUGAUGCUACGAUGGUUGAUAACUACGGACUGAUGACUCGACUUGCUUUGCUUGGCCUAUUAUAAUCCUCUGAGAUAUAGCAGCGUAUCUCGCCAAUAAUUGUGCUCGAUGUCUCGAUCGAAGUUUCUUUGAUCUGGCUAAAAUGAUAAAAUGACUGAAUACACGCUUGAUUAAUAUUUCCCGAACUAUUUUGUUUCUUGUGUUGUUUAUUCGUGAGCUGAUUUUGUAUUCGUGCGUAAUGAAGUAGCCUAUUUACAACUUUUACCGAUUACCACUACUUCUAUCAUCUAUUUGUUAAAUAUUCGAUAGUUACAUACGACAAAAUCGGUGGCCUGUCUAGGCUUAUAUUAAAUUUGAAAAAAGUCUAUGCUUUAUCCAAUAUGGUUUUGCGGCUUGAGUAUCAGCUUUCAACAAUACCUAGUAAAAACAUUAUUUUAAGUUAAAUCAGCUAUUUUUGUUGUAAUUAUAAAAAUUCCAAUAUUAGGUAUAAUUGGAACUGAUUGUAAACUCAACGUUUUUAUUUCAUGCGUGGUAUAGAAAAGGCUCAUAAUGCUGGUAAUAAUAAUUAGUCUAUAUGAAGACUUCUUUGUUGUUGUUCUAAUUAUUUUUAUAUGGACUAUUGUUGAAUGUAGCAGUUUUGUGAAGUAAAUAAAUUAUGUUUGCAAUUA